UGAAUAUUAACAAAAGGUUGAAACAAUUUUAUUGCGUCGUGUUGUGAUCGAGUCUCUCAAAACCGCAUUUAACAAACGAGUUUACAUUGAAGCGCUCACAUUUCGAUUGGUGUGAACUAUAAGGAGAUAUAGUUUAAAACAGCGAACCGAAAUUCGAAUAGGAUUUUUUUGCGGAACUACAUUUAGUUUUCAGAUUUAUCGAACACUGCCAUGUCGUACAAGCGAUGGCUUCAAAGGGCUUUACUGGUCGUUGGAUUCAUAUUUCUAUCAGUGGGCUCCCUAAUUUACCGAUCAAUCCUCUACAACGUGCAUGUAUCAACAGUUUACGUGCAGCGGCGCGCGGAGCUGUUUCCUGGAAAUAUCAGCAUAUCUAAUCAGUGCACGUGGGACCUGAAUCUCACAGCUUACGAUUUCGCUGACUACACAUCGCCUGUUCUGACGCUGGUAGCCCGGGUGUUUGCGGAAGUGUACGCGCAGCACGGGAUAAUGACCGUUCUAAGAGAAGGAUCCUUACUUCACGUGUAUCGCCGCCAUAAAGCGGACGCUGACAUGGACACGUGGUUGAUCGUUCCACGUCACAUGACAGUUGCGCAUGCGUACGAGCUUAUUCAAUCCACAAUUCAAAAUAAUACGGAAUUCUCCGAUCUCUUGUUGGAGCAUCAAAAUCAGUACCUCAUGAGUCUUUUCUUUGCCUACAGUGACUGCGCGCGCGUGCGGUUUCGAGGGAAGAAGGUGCUAGAUAUAGUCGUGCUACACGAGACGCUAAUUAAAGACCCGGAUACUCAGGUUCCGUGUUUUGAUCUACUUAAGGGUUGUGUUUUAGACGUCAACGAAGACGUUGUGUCACUUUUAGACUCUGUCAAGGCCGGAAACAUGUUCGGUGACCUCUGUUACUGCAAUUACAUGGGCUCGAGGCUCCUCUGCCCUCAACACGCGACGGAGUAUCUGACCGUAAAAUACGGGAGCUCCUUCCGGACACCUGUUGCAAAGAAAGACUAUGUUCAGCUGCGCGGCGUAAGCUAUGAGCAACCGUUCGACUCAUGGAAGACGGUGUUAUCUAGUGUUCCGAAUUUCUGGAAAAUCAAAAGAUUGUUUGAAGGACCGGACAAGAUCAGCACUGAACAACAAGCUCCUGAGAGCUAAUCUGAGGGCUAACAUCAUGUUUGUUUCAUGUAACUCCAAAUGGCGUGAAAAUAUAAAUCUUAGGUA